AUGGGCCAGGCUCUUGGUAAACUCUGCUCAUCUUCUAACAUCCAGGCGGUCGGAUCCGUGCUUGACCGUGUAAUAUCGCAGCCACAUACAGAAGAACAUACUGUCCUAUACAAGCUUGCAGAUUACAAAAAAGGAGGUUUGUUGUUGGAUACAUACACUCGAGGCGGCAUGCAAGCUGCUGAGAGGCUGAUACGAGAAGAGCUGUCUGCGUACAUGUACGCCGGUGGUCGCGGUCGAGUGAUUAACAGAGCAGAAUAUCUUAGGUGGAAGUUUAGAGAUCAGGAGCAAGUAGUGCUGCCAAUAGAAGCGUCGUUGUCACCUCACGACCCCCUGGCCAAGUGGGAGGACCACACCGCGUGCUGGCAGAUGAGCUACCGCGGAGCACUGGGAGAGUCUCUUUUACACGUCCUCAUAAUUUGCGAUACGAAGAUUCACACCCGAAUUGCAAGAACAUUGGUAAAAUGUUAUCCCAAGCUCUCGUUAGACGUCGUAGAAGGUGAAGAAUAUCUAGGUGCUAGCUCGCUACACUUGGCGAUCGCGUACAGUAACAAUGAGCUGGUACAAGACCUGGUAGAGGCUGGUGCUGACGUCAACCAGCGUGCCAUAGGGAGCUUUUUCCUUCCCCGAGAUCAACAAUGCGUCCCGCCCGCACGUCAGACAAAUUACGAAGGACUCGCAUAUUUAGGAGAAUAUCCCCUGGCCUGGGCCGCUUGCUGUGCUAAUGAGGCUGUAUACAACCUGCUUCUCGAUUCAGAUGCGGAUCCUGAUGCCCAAGACUCUUUUGGAAAUAUGAUUCUGCACAUGGUAGUUGUGUGUGAUAAAUUGGAUAUGUUUGGAUACGCCCUUCGACACCCGAAGGUACCGGCGAGUAAUGGAAGAUUGAACCGUGCAGGAUUCACGCCUCUGACCCUGGCGUGUCAACUUGGCAGAGCCUCAGUAUUUAGAGAAAUGUUGGAGCUAUCCUGUCGGGAGUUUUGGCGAUAUUCGAACAUCACCUGCUCUGCAUAUCCUCUAAACGCGCUUGACACGCUACUCCCAGAUGGACGGACAAAUUGGAAUUCAGCCCUGUUCAUAAUACUUAAUGGUACCAAGCAGGAGCACUUAAAUAUGUUGGAUGGAGGAAUUAUUCAGAGAUUAUUGGAAGAGAAGUGGAAGACAUUCGCCAGAAAAAAGUUUCUCAAACGGUUGUUAAUUUUGAUGCUUCACCUCCUUCUUCUCUCGAUUGCUGUGUAUCUGCGACACAGUAGUUUGGAAGCAGACGUCCAGCCCGAUUGGAGUAUGGAAGUCACGGACGCAAGAGGCGGCAUUAGGUUGGGAUGUGAGCUCGGAACUAUUGCCAGUACUUUAUGCUACAUAUUUCUUCAGCAAGGCGACGAACUAAAAAAUCAAGGAAUUGUCGCAUAUUUUAAGCAACUGAUACAUGAGCCAGCGAAGUUCAUAUUUCUGUCCUCAAACUUGUUGCUAUUGGCCUGCAUACCAGCUCGACUUGGGCGCCAAAAUGAAGUGGAAGAAGCCAUUCUAAUAUUCGUAUUGCCAGGGUCUUGGUUUCUUCUAAUGUUUUUCGCUGGAGCAGUGAAAUUGACAGGGCCGUUUGUGACGAUGAUCUACAGCAUGAUUACCGGAGACAUGUUCACGUUCGGUAUCAUAUACAGCAUAGUGCUGUUUGGAUUUUCGCAAUCGUUCUAUUUUCUAUACAGGGGAUUUCCAAACGUGCAAUCGACAUUAUUUUCGAGCUAUCCUAGUACUUGGAUGGCUUUGUUUCAAAUCACUUUAGGAGACUAUAGCUACACAGAUUUAGGACAAACAACAUACCCGAAUUUAUCGAAGACUGUGUUUACCGUUUUCAUGGUGUUCGUGCCAAUUCUGCUGCUUAACAUGCUCAUCGCCAUGAUGGGCAAUACGUAUGCACACGUCAUCGAGCAAUCGGAAAAAGAAUGGGUAAAGCAGUGGGCUAAAAUUGUCGUAUCGCUGGAACGCUCAGUAGCUCAGGAAGACGCCCAUAAGUACCUACAGGAGUAUUCCAUAGGGCUGGGCCCCUCAGACGACCCCCGCUACGAGCAACGAGGGGUCAUGGUCAUCAAGAGCAAGGCCAAGACUAGAGCCAAGCAGCGAAAAGGUGCCCUUGCAAAUUGGAAGCGUGUUGGCAAAGUGACGAUAGCGGAGCUACGCAAGCGCGGCAUCAGCGGCGAAGAAUUGCGGCUGCUAAUGUGGGGGAGAGUAUCCAUAUCCACGCCCACCAAGCCAGCUUUAGCGCGCGCGCCUGCUCUUGACUUCAGCGCUGCCGACUGUGGUGCAGCCGGGGUAGUUCCAGCGUUAUCUUCUGCACUAAACGUCAUGGCAUACACCCAGGACAUGGAUCUUACUAAUACAGGAACAGAAAUAUUGCUGCAGCCGAAGCCAGAUUUGUUAGUGAACGGCGGUACAUUAAUACCGCCCGCACCACAUACAGCGAUGCAGCCGCAUGCAGCGCCUAGUCUUUUGCCCCAACCUGGUCCCCCGACGCCGAUGCAAACUACAGCCACAGGCGCAAUACCAGUAGCGAAGUCAGAUGUACCUGUCGUACAACAGCCUAUAGAGGAUCCUCAGAAAAUUACCGUAGCACCUCCAACAGUGGACGAGAUCGUAUACAGAGACUACCUGCAAGAGCUGAUGCUGCUAGUGGAAACUGGGUGCCCUAAUGACCCCACUAUACAGAAUCUGGCGCAGAGAGCUGCAGACCUCACGGGGGUGCCGGAGAUAGACAUCAAUGUGUCGACGGCCGUGAAGUCUGCACGACAGAUGGUGGCGGGGGCCGUGUCUGGACUGUUUGGGGUCGCAGCGGAGCCUCCCCCGCCGGAGUCCAACUGGCAAAGAGACCACAAUGAGCACACAGAUAGUGACCCGAUGCCAGAUAGCGUGGUGCUUGGACGAGCGGCGCGCGCACGGCGGGCUCGGACGGCGUCGCGUCGUGCGCCGCCACCCCCACCGCACCUCUAUGUGCCAGCCAGAUCAAUGUACCUGAUUGCAUCGGAAAGUAGCGCGGUGGAUAGCGACGUAGCGAUAGAAGAUCAACUAUUUAACUCCGGUAGAAAUUCUGCAUUAGGGAAUGAGGAUCACUUACGAGCAGCGAGACCCCUGUGUAUCCAGCACGCCACGACACCGGGCCUCGUAGAGCACUCCUUGUAUGUUGAAGGCUCAGGUAGUGGCGCUGAAGUGGAGAGCGCAGCUCCAGCUCACCAGAACAAGAAGCCGCGCGCAAAAACAGCUCGACCGCGACAAAACAGGAUAUCACCGGAGCCCAAAGCGGGCAGUCCUUUGGAGCCGUGGGCGACGGCUCCCCUGUCGCGACUGUCGAGGCUCAUACGUUCCAGUAGCUCCUCCACGUCGCUCACAUCACAGUCGUCCUCGGAAACGCCGCAAAAGUAUUGAUCGCCCGAGUUAGAUCUAGUCACUCUAGAAGUCUGUGCAGCAAUCUCAUUGUACACUAAGAAAAUAAAACAACAGUAUGA